AUUUUCUUAUGGCGGAAAUGUAGUUAUUGUCGUAACGCGACAUGCUUUGAUGAGUUUUUCAUUUAUUUUGUCGUGUUAUGGCGGCUGAUGUGCUGCAACGUUUCCAUCCUGACAUCGCAAAGUUUGUAAAAGCACUGCUGGAUAAUGGAGGGUUUGGAGUUUGCGGCGAAUUACCUAAAGUUUCCGAUCCAAAAACAAGGUAUGGAAUUGGUGAAUCUUUACACACAUGAUUAUCAUUGCUAAUGAAUCGAAAUGAAAGUGAGGAUAGAUGUCGUCGACAGUUACUUCCUAGCACAACUAAAUGUCUUAUUAACAACAGCAAAUAGUUUUGUUUCGAAAUACCAUUCCCUUUUUUGACAAAUUGUUGUAGAAACAUUCUUCUUGGACGCGGGUGCAAUUUUAAUCCUUGCAUUAUGACACUCGUUAAUUUCCUGUUGUUUUUUACAGCUUGUCAUAUCCAUGCGACACCAUCAGAUCUUGCGACCGGUUCAAAGUAUUGAUUCCAUAUGCUGGUAGAACACUAAGAUGUAAGGAUGUUCAUGUUUUACCUGUAUAACUAGUACAGAACAUGUGUUUUAGAGUUGUAUUAGAACUUGCUAUGUUCUACAAAAAAGAGACAAUCAGAGGUCUGUAAACAGGCUAAGAUAUUCAAAUGGUUCAUUUUCAUUAGGAAUGUUACAUGAUUUUCUUUACCAACUUUAUUUUAAUUUAAUUUUCAGGGGAGGUAUUAUUUAAUCAGGCCCAACCAGAUUUUCCACCAGAUUUUAUUUUUGGAACACAAGAUCAGGAGUUUGUUCCCAACAUUGAGGAGCUUAAGGUGACAAUUUACUGUCACUAUAGUUACAAUGUAAAUGCACCCCAGUAUUCAAAUACAAUUAAAUAUUUUAUCAAUUUGUGGUGAGAACUUUGGAGUGAAUUAGAAACGGAUUUAGUCAACGUCAAAAAAGAAAUUUGACUACUGGGUACAUAAUAUUCUCUUUGUCAGGGCUGUGCUCUAGUAAAAAUUGAAGGGAGCCAAUUGCUCUGAACUUGUGAAAGCCAUGGUGCUCAGCGUAUAAUUUCUAUGAAAAAAAGCUAUGGUUUUCUAGUUGCCCAGGAGCAAAAGUUAGGCACCCACAGGGGCCACCAGGUGCUAGUAUAGCAUAGCCUUGUCUAUUCUCAAAACUGAUCAAAGUACUUUUAUUAUCAUAAAUACAAAAAUGAAUAAUGGGCAGAUCCACAGCUUAAAUUAAUGGUAGGCCUGCUAUCUGGCUAAAACGUUCAGUAUUGUGGUGUCUCAGGGUUUCUGACAGUUGGGUGUUUAAGUAAAGUUGUUUUAGGGUUGCUCCCUUACAAGCCCCUCUCAUUGGUACAGGUUGUACAAACAAAUCCUAUAUUAUACUGUUGUACUAUGCUGAGAAAAAAUGUCACACUAACAGUUUUCAUCAUUUAGCGAAGCCUAGGGGCCAAACCAACAUGAACCAUUACUAAGGCUAUUAUAAAUCAAUCAUUCUUUUGAUUUUUUGUUGUUGUUGUUUUGCUUCGGUCAUUUUCUUCCCUCACCCAUUUGCCUGCUCCAAACUUUUUUUCUUAUCCAUAGACUCUAGAAAACUGGGAUGCAAGGGAUCCUGAAAGCUUGUUAAACCUGAUCAAAGAACUUGUCAUUCAAUACAAGGAACACCAGAAAAGACAAGUUAAAGAAAUCCCAAGGAUUGAGUUUGAAUACAGUACACUUGAAGCUGACACAAAGUAUCCUGAAUUUGAAGUGCAUGUUAUCAAAGGCCAACAGGUGGGCAAUAGUUAAGUAACAUAAAUGUAGUUCUCUAAUGCUUUUUUUGGUAAUAAUGUUUAUUUUUCUGCUGAUUUUUUUUUUUUUUUGUAUUAGCAUGUUGAAACAGUGGUGAACUUUAUGAUUAAGCUUCCAGUUGACCUACGUGAAGUGCCACCAUACCUAAUUAGGGUGAGAAAUUAUUUUAUCUGGCUACAAUAAACAUUAGUCUUCAUAAGAUGUCUUGAAAAUUCUACCCUGGCUUCAUUCCGCAGAGGUCCGUUUUUGAAAUAUAUAAGAAAUAACCCAUGCGUACGGUUUGAUAAAGUUCCUGAGACAGGAAGAAUUAUCAGGAAUUAGGUAAGGGAAAUUGACAUCCCAGGGUACUGCAAUUUAUUAUUCUUACAAUCCUGUCCAAAAUGUCUGUAGAUUGUUCUCAGUGACUGUCAAAUUGCUGAACUAUUUUUGAGUGAGCCUUGAAGUUUUGACAAUCCUCUUAGCAAUUUUGCAGAAACCAGGCAUGUCAAAAGUUCAACAGUGUAAGAAUUUCAUCUAUUAUGUACAUGUUAUGAAUACAUUGAUAAGGACCAGACGCAAGAUUUUAAUGUUCAUUCCUACUUUCUUUUCUGUUUUCGGAUUGUUAGGAUUGUCCAGGAGAUGACAUGGCCUGCUUAUUGGUGUCCUAUGCUUCCCUUAAUGGAGAAAAUGUCACACCAACACUUCUGCUAUCACCAAGAGUAGAAAGGUGACACAGCGGUUGCAACAUUGGAACAAUGCUAAUCCUUUAAUCUGAAUAUGCAGAAAGAGCAGAGCGGUAGCAAUAUUGUGUUAAUGUUAAUCCCACUCUGGCACAUAGGAGGGAUCACCAUGCUUACCAAAUUUGUGUUCUCAAUAUUUAUAUUGAUCAAAUAUUGGUACCAACAUUCAUUUUAACCAAAUUUGAAUACCUCACACUUUUACCUAGCAGUUGCCCGGUCACAAAAAAGUUUGACCUAGUUGAUAUUAUUUUGUGUCAGGUGUUAUGUCUUAGAUUGAAGCUAGUUGUCAGGCCAUUAUGGAAGGUUUGGGCUCAAAGUAGGACGUUUGUGACACCUUCAUAAUGCAAUGCUUAAAACCGUUGUCUAUUUAUAUAUUUUUAGCUUUAUGUCAAACAGCAGUAUAGGUUAUUUUAUUUAAGCUACCUGUUCAUCAUUUUUUAAUUGAAAUCAAUUAAAAUUGUCUUAUUGUAGAGCAUUCGGUGGCUCAAGUAACUUGCGCAUACCUCAUUGGGGUGGAAUUCAUGGGUGCCUGUUUGAAUACCUCCCUCUUAUUCAGGAACUCUUUGCAGAAAGGGUGAGUCUGCUAUUGUGGUUUUUUUUCCUUCAAUUGCCAACUUUUGUAAUAUGGGCCAGUAGUUGAGUUGGCCAUAUUGAUUAAAGAGGAUCAUGUGGUAGAGAGAAAAGUUCAUUCUCUCCGGUACAAACUGAUUAUUUUUCAAAAAUUUUUAAACACGAGGGAUUUAAUUUUUUACAGUUGUAGCGUUCAUCGAACAGCUCAUUUUCCUUUAUGUUUGUAAGUUUUUCAUUUUAGUCCUUGCGAAGCUGUUUCUUAUCCUUUGUCUCUUAUCUUUUGUUUUUUGUUUGUGAGGUUGAGCAAGUUUGCCAGGCAUUCCAGAAACGAAGAGAAUACGUAGCAGCUUUUUUGAGUGCGUUUGGAAGGUAAGAAACCAGGUCGCGUUUAUAGUCUUUAUAGUAAACUGCCUGCAGCCACUGAGGAUCGCCGCGCUCACGAGCAAGUAGGGACUUUAAGACCCAAUGACGCGGACGGUAACGAGAAAGUCAAAAAAACAAAAGGUUUAAUAAGCAAAACAACAACUUUGCACGUGUAUCACGCUUUUUUGUACAUUUCUUUCCUGUUUUUGCACGACUUCGACGUGACAAUGCCUAAUUUCGCGUUUUAAGGAGGACGUAAACAAGCAACGACGAAAUUUUAUUUCUAUGGAACUAGCAUGUAAUCGAGGUUUACGCGGGAAAAUCGUGUGAUAUCCCUCUUUCCUCCCCGGAUGAACUUUGACCGCAGGCCUUUUUCAAUUCACUAACGAGAAACGAGUCGUUUAAGCGACUAUUAUUCACCUUUUAUUGGAAGAACGGGGUGCGCCAAAUUGAAGUUUCAUUUGCAAAAGUACACAUGGCGUCGUAUCAGAAACUUUGCGAACUUUUCCGAGAAGUUCACAAAGUACAUUGACUACAGCCUCAGUAUCUAAAUUUAAAAUGCUGAAUUUAUCCUUCUUUUUUUAUUUUUAUCCCAGGCAUUUUCUGUUAGAAAAGAUACCAGCCUUCAAAGAGUCUUCGCUGAGCAAUGGGACAUUCUGAAGUUACACCGUUAGAUCUAGAAUCAUAGCAGCGUUUACAAACACGAACUAAAUUACAGAAUAACGGUACCAGCAAAUUGCAUCGCCUAGCCGUUUAGCAACAAAAUUUUAAACCUAUUGACAGCAAUGAAUGUCGCUAUGUGACAUUUAACAAGAAAACGCCAAUGGCCACAGUAAGCUGUGAUCCCAAGAUCCAUUGCUACACUCGUGGCAGUUGACCGACGCACGAGGAUGACGCAAAGAACGGUCAACGCCCCUUACUACUGUAAGGAACUUUAUCAUAGAAGUUUAUUAUUUUAAUGUACAGAAUAAUUGAAAGCGUUGCAGCGUUGCUAUCUUGGUUUAGCACAAGGGUCAUUCCAGUUGAUUAGAUUUUCAUAAUAGCUGCGUCAAUUAUCCUCUCUGUUUAUCAUCCUCAAAUUUGGGAAGGGGUGGGGGGCGGGCGCAAGUACUCUUCUUAUUCAAGUCCAAGCCACUAAGACCACGUAGUUUGAUCUGAAAUUAAUUAUCACAAUUAACACACAAAGACAAGCCCCUUCUAUGCGAAAAAUUAGCAAUUUUGAUCAAAGUCAAUAACACCCAAAUUUGUCAGAUGUGCCCUUUUUCCACCGACCCCUUGAUUGAUAAACAAAUUACCACCGCGACGUGGAUAUGUCAUUAAAUAUUUGACAGUGAAAAUGACAAUCGUAGCUCAGAAAUAUUUUGCUUAGCUUUUAUAUCCUUCGUUGACCGUGGUCAAGGUUGGCUUCACUGUCGUCUUCAAAAGUGCUAAUCCAACCACUUUUCAGGACCUUAUUUCUUGUUUUAAACUCCACAUUUAUACGUAGAAGCUUCCUUCUAAAGGGACUUGCUCGUGUAUAAGCAGUUUACCUUAGUAAGAAAUGUCGCUGCAUAAAUAAGGAAACCAUUUACCAAACUUCGCUGUUUUAUUUUUAGUAUCACUCUGGCAUAAACGCAAACCAAGUCGAAUCUAUUCCUAAAAGAAACCCAUUCCAGUCCAACAAAACUAUUGUGGGUGACGCCAGGCUCUUUUUUGAUAGUUAAAUCUGUAAUAAAAUUAAUUCAACAGUGCAGUAAAAACCCGUGAAUAGAUCAUUCACUGUUACAGUCGAACCUUCAUGUGCGACCACCUUCCAUAAGCGACCACCAAUCCAAACACCAAAACUUUCCCAGUCAAAGCCUUACAGUUGGAAUCUCUAGUAAACGACCACCUCCUGUGAGCGACCGCGACCUCUUUUUGGGUCUGAAAGUUUAAUGAUUUUCUAUUGUUUUUAACGUCUUGAAAGCGAGCACUUGACGCAUUCUCUAAUCUCUAUGUUUGCUUUGUGCAAAGUGCUACUUAGAAUAUACGAAGAACUAUUAGUUGAUCAACUGACCGCGUUUAACGUGUGCAGUGAAGGAAGACAUUCGAAAGGUGCCAUAUCCAGGAGAACAAUUAAGCUUCGUCAAGCCUGUUUGAAAGAGCAAGACACAAUGUCGGACUUAUUACUCCAAAAGUGAGAGCCAGGCUUGCCAAUACCUCUUACGUCUGCCCGACAUUCACGCAUCAGAAUACUGUAGAAUGGAUGACCUUAUUUUAUGGUUCUUUAAUCUGCAGCUCCAUAUUGGAAUAUGAUGCAGAAGGCUUCAUGAAGCUCUCUUUGUUAUUUCAAGUCCAAGGAUUCUUUUGCAUCGUUCAUAGUAAGUGCGUUUGGUCUUAUUAUACAUUUUUUUUAGUAAUCGCUCCAUUCAUUGCAUGAUUGCAUGAUUUGCUGGCUGUAUCCAAACCCGUGUUUCCACGUGAGAGUGUGGUUGGUGCUUGAAUGCUGAAUGGUGGUGCGCUAAAAAUUUCACACCUGGAACUGAAUCGCUGCUAAGUUUCUAAUUGUUGAAGCUUUGUUUAACUGUUAUAACAGUCACUUAAUGUGAAAAAAGUAUUUGAAAACAGCUGUGCAUGUAGUUAAUCACUAUCUACAGACUGCACCAACUCAAAGGUUCGUUGUAAGAUAACUGACUGAUAAAAAAAAGUUUGCAAACCAUGGAUUGAGUGCCCUACGUUGAAUCAAAACGAAUUACCAAGAGUUGCCAGACCAUUUUUGAAUAAGACCGCACCCUUCGCGCCCAAAAAAGUGGUUGGAAAAGUCAGUCCCCUUCUGGGAGGGCUUAAUAUUACAGAGAUUAGGCUGGAGUUCUUUGCUUGCGUAGCUCAGGAAAACUAAUCUCAGUUGAGAAAAUUCUCAUUAUAAUUUGAUGCUGUGAUACCCAAUAAAUUCAUACAGCACCAAGGGAAACACUUCCGGCUGAUUUUCAUAAAGAGUUACGCUUUAGGAUUCUAUCCUUAGUCUUGCAAACAGUUUACAAGCUCAGUCUUCAUUUGGAAGAGGAAAGACAAUGUUUUUUUUUUUUUGGUUUUGUAUGUAGUAAGCUACCCUGGGUGCCAGAGACUUUUCUAGCGCGGUUUCCAGUUUCUGUCAAGUCUUAAUAGUGACCCGCCCGUUUUUCUCGCGGCUUCGGCUUACGGCCGAAGAUGUGUCCCGACACCAAAAAUUCCCGCCGCACGCGAGAAAAACCUCUGGUACCCAGGGAAGUCGUAAGCUGUCCCAAACCACUUUCCUAUCCUCCACGCUUGAAAAUAUUUCAAGUUCGAAACCUUUAUUGUUGUUCCGUUUUACUUUAAAAUUUAAGUUGAACUGGACAGGAACUUUCCUCAAGAACCACCAGCGUUUUAUCUUCAGUCGAUUUACCACGAAAAGAAUAAUCAACCAUACGAGAAGCUUGAGAUGGGUUACCCUUACAGCCCGCGCUGGUCUGGUGACGAGAUGGCAGAGAGAGCGAGGUAGGAAGCGUUUCAAUAGGGAGCUUAAGCAAAGACGUUUUUGAGCGACGCACGUCAACCGGAAGUGAGCCUUUCUCCCUUUUUAUAUGCCUUGACGCUAACAAAUUUGUAUUGUUAAGUUUUUUUUCUCUUAUAAAGACAAUGUACCUGAGAGUUUCAACCAAACCACUGCCCAAUGAUGCAAAAAAUUCACUUCCGGUUGACGUUCGUCGCUCAAAAACGCUGUUGCUUAAGCUCCCUUUUGAACGUUACGAACGUUUACUCGGUAAUGGACUGGAACUAGCAUGUAAUCGAGGUUUACGCGGGAAAAUCGUGUGAUAUCCCUCUUUCCUCCCCGGAUGAACUUUGACCGCAGGCCUUUUUCAAUUCACUAACGAGAAACGAGUCGUUUAAGCGACUAUUAUUCACCUUUUAUUGGAAGAACGGGGUGCGCCAAAUUGAAGUUUCAUUUGCAAAAGUACACAUGGCGUCGUAUCAGAAACUUUGCGAACUUUUCCGAGAAGUUCACAAAGUACAUUGACUACAGCCUCAGUAUCUAAAUUUAAAAUGCUGAAUUUAUCCUUCUUUUUUUAUUUUUAUCCCAGGCAUUUUCUGUUAGAAAAGAUACCAGCUUUCAAAGAGUCUUCGCUGAGCAAUGGGACAUUCUGAAGUUACACCGUUAGAUCUAGAAUCAUAGCAGCGUUUACAAACACGAACUAAAUUACAGAAUAACGGUACCAGCAAAUUGCAUCGCCUAGCCGUUUAGCAACAAAAUUUUAAACCUAUUGACAGCAAUGAAUGUCGCUAUGUGACAUUUAACAAGAAAACGCCAAUGGCCACAGUAAGCUGUGAUCCUAAGAUCCAUUGCUACACUCGUGGCAGUUGACCGACGCACGAGGAUGACGCAAAGAACGGUCAACGCCCCUUACUACUGUAAGGAACUUUAUCAUAGAAGUUUAUUAUUUUAAUGUACAGAAUAAUUGAAAGCGUUGCAGCGUUGCUAUCUUGGUUUAGCACAAGGGUCAUUCCAGUUGAUUAGAUUUUCAUAAUAGCUGCGUCAAUUAUCCUCUCUGUUUAUCAUCCUCAAAUUUGGGAAGGGGUGGGGGGCGGGCGCAAGUACUCUUCUUAUUCAAGUCCAAGCCAAGUGGUCCAAGACCACGUAGUUUGAUCUGAAAUUAAUUAUCACAAUUAACACACAAAGACAAGCCCCUUCUAUGCGAAAAAUUAGCAAUUUUGAUCAAAGUCAAUAACACCCAAAUUUGUCAGAUGUGCCCUUUUUCCACCGACCCCUUGAUUGAUAAACAAAUUACCACCGCGACGUGGAUAUGUCAUUAAAUAUUUGACAGUGAAAAUGACAAUCGUAGCUCAGAAAUAUUUUGCUUAGCUUUUAUAUCCUUCGUUGACCGUGGUCAAGGUUGGCUUCACUGUCGUCUUCAAAAGUGCUAAUCCAACCACUUUUCAGGACCUUAUUUCUUGUUUUAAACUCCACAUUUAUACGUAGAAGCUUCCUUCUAAAGGGACUUGCUCGUGUAUAAGCAGUUUACCUUAGUAAGAAAUGUCGCUGCAUAAAUAAGGAAACCAUUUACCAAACUUCGCUGUUUUAUUUUUAGUAUCACUCUGGCAUAAACGCAAACCAAGUCGAAUCUAUUCCUAAAAGAAACCCAUUCCAGUCCAACAAAACUAUUGUGGGUGACGCCAGG